CACCUUGGGCAGAGCCAGAGCGGCGGGAGCCGGUCCCGGGCACGUAGACCCUGGAGCGCCCGUCGUCCGGGCCGAGCCUAGCUGCAACCACGGCCACAGCCGCAGUCGCUUUCCAGCCUGCCUUCGGUGCGCAGCGGGGGAACAGGGCUAGUGCAGCCGCCGUAGGGGGGGAAGGGGUCCUCUCCCAUCCCAGAGCUACUGGGCUGCCCUUGCUGUCCUUGCCGCCCCAACAGGGCCCGACCAGACCUGCCACCUGCGCCCUGGUUACGCCAUGGAUCCUUCGGAGAAGAAGAUAUCGGUGUGGAUCUGCCAGGAAGAGAAGCUGGUGUCUGGCCUCUCCCGCCGCACCACUUGCUCGGACGUUGUGCGAGUGCUUUUGGAGGACGGCUGCCGGCGGCGAAGGAGACAGCGGCGGAGUCGGCGGCGGGGGUCGGCUGGAGACCCGCCUGGCCUGGGGGAGCUGCCUGAACCCCCGGACGAAGAUGACGAGGACGACGACGAGGCGCUGCCGCAGGGCAUGCUGUGCGGGCCCCCUCAGUGCUAUUGCAUUGUGGAGAAGUGGCGCGGCUUUGAACGCAUCCUCCCCAACAAGACGCGCAUCUUGCGCCUCUGGGCCGCCUGGGGCGAAGAGCAGGAGAAUGUGCGCUUCGUGCUAGUGCGCAGUGAGGCGUCGCUGCCUAAUGCGGGUCCCCGCAGUGCCGAGGCGCGUGUAGUGCUCAGCCGAGAGCGCCCCUGUCCCGCCCGCGGGGCCCCGGCGCGGCCCAGCCUGGCCAUGACCCAGGAGAAACAGCGGCGAGUGGUGCGCAAGGCUUUCCGCAAGCUGGCCAAGCUCAACCGGCGGCGCCAGCAGCAGCCACCGUCGUCCUGUUCGUCCACUUCGUCGUCCACUGCCUCGUCCUGCUCUUCGUCGCCGCGGGCCAACGAGAGCGCGUCGGUGGAGCGCAUGGAGACGCUGGUGCAUCUGGUGCUCUCCCAGGACCACACCAUCCGCCAGCAGGUGCAGCGGCUCCACGAGCUGGACCGCGAGAUCGACCGCUACGAGGCGAAGGUGCACCUGGACCGCAUACGGCGUCACGGAGUCAAUUACGUGCAGGACACUUACUUGGUGGGGGCAGGGAUCGAGCUCGACGGGUCCAGCCUGGGAGAGGAGCCAGAAGAGGUGGCGGCGGCGGCGGCGGCGGCGCCCCCCGUAGACGGCGAGGCGCAGGUGGCGGCGCUGGAGGAGCUGGCCAGGCGCUGCGACGACUUGCUGCGGCUUCAGGAGGAACGGGUUCAGCAGGAGGAGCUGCUGGAGCGCCUUUCAGCCGAGAUUCAGGAGGAACUCAACCAGAGGUGGAUGCGGCGGCGCCAGGAGGAGCUGGCGGCGCGGGAGGAGCCCCCGGAGCCCGACGGUGGCCCAGAUGGCGAGCUGCUGCUGGAGCAGGAACGGGUCAGGACGCAACUCAGCACCAGCCUUUACAUUGGGCUCCGGCUCAACACGGACCUGGAGGCCGUCAAGUCGGAUUUGGAUUACAGCCAGCAGCAAUGGGACAGCAAGGAGCGCGAGCUACAGGGCCUUCUGCAAACUUUGCAUACUUUGGAGCUGACGGUGGCACCGGAUGGGGCUCCUGGCUCCAGCGGUCCCUCGCGGGAACCUGGGCCUCAGGCCUGCGCCGACAUGUGGGUGGACCAGGCCCGUGGGCUGGCCAAGAGCAGUCCUGGCAAUGACGAGGAUUCGGAUACAGGGCUGAGCUCUAUGCAUAGCCAAGACUCGGACUCUGUGCCCAUGUGCGAAUCCCUUGUAUAGGGCUACCAGGGAGGGAAACAGGGAUGAACGUUUCUGUUUUUCUUGCAGAAUGUAGUGAGCUGACGGCCUUAGGGACUUGAAACCAGGCUGUUGUGAGCCUGGAGCUCCGGCUGGGCAGCAGCACUCCUACCCAGCUGGGCCUGGGGAGGGCUUAGGACUCCUGCCCAGCCUCCCGCUCCUCUAGCUCCGGGGUGAGUGCGGAGGAGGGUGAGGAAUGAAGAAGCAGGGUCCCCAAAACAAGCUCUUUAAAAAGAGGGAAGGAGGGAGGAAGUGAGAACCCCUUAUAUUGGAAAACGAACACCCCGGGGAAACUGAUGUGGUCCCAGCCCAUUUUCAAAGUAAGGAAGUAUUAUGGAGAUUUCACUACUCUUCUUUAUGGGAAGGAUCGAUGGCAGCUAGAACUUUAGUUUGUGGUAUAAAGUGCUUUUAAAAGAAACACUUGGAUGAAAAGGAAAUUCCUUGAAUGUUAAUUGUGACUGUAAACGUGUUAAAACUAGCCAAAGAGGACGCACUGGUGUCAGUCUCAGCCUUUCUUACAUCUUUGAUAAAACCCAUAGGCACCAAAAUCCUGACUGUUUACAUUUCUGCAGAUUUGGGAAUUACCCAUCUGCUACGUCAUUUGUCUUUUAUUUUCUUUCAAAGACUAAACUGUAUGGAAGUCUAACCCUGUAUUUCCUCCUAGUAAACACAGCAUGUGUUAAAAGGGAAUUCUUUUCCCAAAAUAACUUUUUAUUAUUACAAAAACCAAACAAUCAUUCUGAGAUAUAAAAUUCUGGCAAACAUAAUCCUGGUUAAAAUUUAAUCUGGGCCCUUUGGGAUCUGUCUCUGCAAAGGCAGGUGUGUUGUCCUUUAAUUCAGAUUGCCACUUCAUUGACUCAAUCACUGUUAUUUCAGAAAAAAAUAAAAGGAAGUCGCAGAAUUCAAGUUACACACAACGAAACUUGCUGUUUAACAAGUACUCUUUGAAAGCAAAGGUGUUAGUGUUCAGCUUUUAAACUGAGCUAUGUGAUUAAAACCAACCAUGACCUCAACAGAUUUUACCCAAACUCAAGUCUAACUUCAGUGUCUUUUGUCAGAGAUUAAUUAGUUACUUGUUCAAACUCAAAUUGAGAUAGUGUAAAUAUCAGAGUUUCCUAGAUAAGGCCCAAAAAUAAAAAAAUCAAACAAUCUCAUAGUAUACCUUGGGUGAACAAUUUGAUUAAUGAUAGCACAUAGCCAUGGAAAAAAGAUAUAAAAGUGAGCUAAGAACUUGAAUUACUGUUGUCUGGCUCACGCCUGUGCACAUGCCAGGAGAUGCAAGUGCAACGCCAUCUCAGCAGCUGGUGGGGACUUCGUGUAAUUGUUCCAGUUAUUUCAAUGGAAACUUAUCAGUUGUAGCUAGUUGUUGGUCCCACGGAAGGAGCCUACUGGCUGAUUUCCCUCUGCAGCUCAGUACCUCUGAGGAAUGUGGGAUCUAAUCUGUCCUGAGGAGGUAUUAACAAUGGGGCAUGUGUGUGGUACCAGCAUGGUGCAGAAGCCUCUUAUCAACCUACUGUUGAGGGGCUGGCUCCAGUUUCAACACUACAUGUGAAGAUAACUUAAGAGGUCUUGCUUUAUACAGAAGUUUCUUCUCUUGAGAGAUUUUCUAUCUGCUUGUUGCCAAUGGGAGCCUGCCCUUCUGACCUCCUCAAACCACUGUUUGUGCUGUCUCCUUUUUAGAGACAACAUCCCCCAACCCCUCCCCUUCACUGCCACCACCACUGCCCUGGUAUUUAUUACAACACGUGUGCCUGUUUGCAGAUUUUCAAAUAAAAAUGGGAAUCAAAAGGCCAUUUUCUUAAUUGAUGUUUUCAAAAGACAUUAGCUGGCAUAAUUAUGGUUUUUUAGCUUCAUCUGAUGCAGAAAACUUCUAUGUAUUUGGUCUUGAACGUAAUUAAAAUGAGGAAGAGACCGAAAGAAACCCACCAUCCCCAGACAAUCGUUUGAUCCUGUAAACACCAAGCCUAAUGAUAGCUUUCGUUCUGAGGCAGAGGUAAAAUCCUCAUUAGAGUGUGACAAAAUGCUACUUGUCUGAAUGUUUUAUGCCGACAAUGGGCUGACCUAGUGGUUUUAAAAUUAUUGUGCUUUUUUUCUCCCUCAGGGUGGUAAGGGAGGUGAUUCUUGGAUGUUUAUUAACUCAAAAAGAACGCAGAAGUUGGCAGAACAGGACUGCCUGGCACAAAGGGGCUGUUUUCCUUUUCACUGUUAUUAUUUUAAACUUUGAUGGACUGCUGACGUCAGCAAAUAUGCUUGAUGCCUGUAAAGCAAAUAAGCCACAUUACAGGGCCUGUGGGAUUUUUCUGGUGCCCUAUUUCUAGAACCUUCCCUGUCCUGACCAUUUGAAGAUGCUUCUUUAGUCAACUGUUCAGGGAGCUGGGAGGCUUUGUUGAUAACAAAUGGCAGCCUAGUUGGCCCAUUUUUUUUAAAAUUUUAAUCAAAUCAAUUAUAUUCCUAGCAGGUACUCUCUGUGAAUAGAAGCAAGCAGUGAGUAGAACAGGCCAGGCACGGGGGAGCAAGGAGCAAGGAGGCAAUAGUUCUUUUUAGUAAGAGCUUUUGCAAGCCUGAGAAAGGUGAAAUACAGGUAAAAAAAGAAAGCACAAAAACAGUGCCUGUGCAUAGUAAGUACUUAAUAAAUGCUGAAUACUUUCCAUUUUCAUUCACAUUCAUGGUCACCAUGCUACUAAGAAUGAGAAUAAAUGCAUAGCAGUGAAUGUACCAAUGCCAGGAUUUGAGGGCCUCUGGGAAAAUUAACUCAGCACCUAUUCUCCAGGCCUAAUGGAAAUCCUGGGCAGAAACCAGCAAACUUAAGAAGGGUAUGAAAUGUAGGUGCCUUACCAGGCAGCCCCAUCCUUCUUUUGGAAUUAAGAUAAUUUAUUGUAGCUUUGAUGUGAGUUGUCCCAGUCUCAGCCGUCUCCCAAACCAAAAGAUGCCUUAUGGCAUCUCUACGUCUGUUUACUUUCUUAAAAAGUGUGUUUAUUUUUUGCUGAUUAAAAAAGUUGUGUACACUAUAGUUCUUACAAUGAACCUGAAAAUAACAUAAAUAAAAAGACAAGAAAAGUCA